GAGAAACUAAAUGAAUAACCCAUGAAGGGUCCACUCUGCUCAUCCCCAUCUCAUGCAUGGCUGCCAGCGCUACUCUACUGGCCGUCCUCUUUGACUGGCACGACGCAAAGCGAGGUGCCAAGGGCUCUAGCAGGAGCCGCUCGGGCCUGUGGAAAAUAAAAGCUUGCGGGAGGUUUCGGCUGAUUGCAGACGCGUGAGGCAUGCUGGGCUGGAAGGAGGAAGUGCAUUGGGGAGGAGGGGAGGGACCGCGCAUCCCCAGCGCCGCCGCGCUGCCUCGGACUGCGCCACAUGGAGCGGUGCGCGCCUGGAACAGCUUCAUACUGCACCCGAGCCGAGGACUAACAGAGUACCUACACAGGAUGGAGACCGAAGAGGCACAGGAAAUGUCCCAAAUAACAGGGAGGGACAGCCCAACCACUAAUGAGGGGGCAGAAGACCAAGAAGAGGCCAUGCCUGUCCCUGAAGACCUGUCCACAAGCACAGGUCUCCAGCACAACAAUCGUACUGACAAACCAACAGCCUGCAAUAUAAAAGUUGAGGCUCGGAGUGAUGAGGAGAACGGGCUGGCCGCUGAGAUGAAUGGAGAGGAAGAGGAGUGUGUGGCCGAGGACUUGCGCAUGCUCGAUGGCUCGGGGGCCAAAGUGAACGGCUCCCACACAGGCCCAGACAGCAAGCCAGCACCCACCUACCCUAUGGCCGGGGGCAUCCGCCUCCCCAAUGGGAAGCUCAAGUGUGAUGUCUGUGGAAUAGUUUGCAUUGGGCCCAAUGUGCUGAUGGUGCACAAGCGAAGCCACACUGGUGAAAGGCCUUUCCAGUGCAGUCAGUGUGGAGCUUCUUUCACUCAGAAAGGCAACCUGCUACGCCACAUCAAACUUCACUCUGGAGAGAAACCCUUUAAAUGUCACCUAUGUAACUACGCCUGCCGCCGCAGAGAUGCCCUUACCGGACACCUUCGCACACACUCGGUUGGAAAACCCCACAAGUGUGCGUACUGUGGACGCAGCUACAAACAACGAAGCUCGCUAGAAGAGCAUAAAGAGCGAUGCCACAACUACCUGCAGUGCAUGGGCCUUCAGAACAGCAUCUACUCAGUGAAGGAAGAGAACAGCCAGAGUGAGCAGAGGGAAGACUUAAACCUGGCUGCGUCUGAGAGAGCCUUGGUACUAGACAGAAUAGCAAACAAUGUAGCUAAGCGUAAGAGUUCUAUGCCACAGAAGUUUAUAGGCGAGAAGCGCUUCGCUGACCUCUCAUUUGAGAGCAGCUCGGGUGAGAUGAUGCAGCCAUCAGCAGUGAUUGACCAGGCCAUCAACAGCGCCAUAAACUACCUGGGAGCUGAGGCUCUACGGCCGCUGGUUCAGACCCCACCAGGCUCUGCCAGCGACAUGGUUGUCAGCCCCAUCUACAACCUGCACAAGGGCCAAUCAGCUGAGAGUAAUGGCUUGUCAGCUAAAGAUAGCGCAGCCGAGAACUUGCUGCUGCUUUCUAAAUCCAAAUCUGCAAUUAGCGAGAAAGACGGCUCACCCAGUCACAGUGGCCAGGACUCCACCGACACUGAGAGCAACAAUGAGGAGCGAGCAGCUGGGGGAGGAGGAACAGCGGCAAGUGGUCUCAUCUACCUUACCAAUCAUAUGGCCCCGGGUGCACGAAAUGGAGCUUUGCCCCUGGUGAAGGAGGAGCAGAGGCACUAUGAGUCUCUGCGGGCUGUGGGCAUGGAGCUGGGCAUGGCAGUGGCUACAGAGGGUUUUAAAGUGUUGAGUGCUGAGGGUGAGGAAGUGAGGGCAUAUCGCUGUGUCCACUGCAGGGUGCUCUUCUUGGACCAUGUCAUGUAUACCAUUCACAUGGGAUGCCAUGGCUUCCGAGACCCCUUUGAAUGCAAUCUAUGUGGCUACCGCAGUCAGGACCGCUACGAGUUUUCCUCACACAUCACACGUGGAGAACACCGCUACUGAGCAGACACACAGAUACACAUUGAAAGAUCUUAUCCAUAUAGAAAACCAGCACACAGACAAAAAUAAACAGUCAUCAAAUAUACAACAUAUGCAGAAUGUUUUUUAAUGCAUAGUAUGAACACUGUGUGCAUGCCGAAAAGAUCGAUUAUUAAUUUAAUAUACAAUGAUUAAUGUAGACAGAUGUAAAUAUAAUUCAUUGCCAUGUCUAUUUUUCUACAACUGUGUGAGUUACUGAUGAAUACAGUAUAAAACUUUUAAAAAGUUAGUAGUACUGAACAGUGAAAUUAAAAUCGAGGCAAGAUUGUUGUUUUAAGAAGAACUCUCCAAAAUGUUUUAUUGGAUUCACAGCAUAAAUUGACUGGGAUUUGAGAGAAAAACUCUCCAUUUAUUUAGAAGAACAAAUUAUAUUUGCAUUCAUGGGCAAUAUUGAAGAAAACACAAAAUCUGUGUGUAACCGUUUUGGCUUAAUUAUCAAUUUGGAUACUAAAAACAAUUAGUACUCACCUGUGCUAUCUGUAAAUAUACAGACAAAAUUCUUAAAUACAUUUUCCAGUGUUACUUGUGAUGGUGAAAAUAUAUGGCAGUAAUGAUUGUACCCAUUACCAAUUAAACAUUUGGACACACUAGUCUAAAGGUAUGCAUCGUAGUUUUAAAGAUUGUUUGAUACAGCUAUUGAAAUUUGUAGAAGUUGCUUAUAUAAGGAGAGGCAGUUGACACAACCUGUCUAUUUGCAAGCUUAAAGAGAAACCUCCUGGUGUCAUGAAGCUGGUUUGAAGAUUUUUAAAGAUCUGCAACUCUUCAUCAAGAGCUGAAAUCUAAAAUAGUUUUCAUUUGUUUAACACGUCUGUUUUGCUAUGAAAUAUUUUUUAAUGUGUAAAAAAAAAAAAAAGUUAAAUGAAAAUGAAGGAAACCAUUCGAUGAGCUAGUGUGCCCAAACGUUUGACUGGAAGUGUACUUCUUGUAUCAGCAGUAUUGAGAACUUUACUCGUCUCAGAGAUCUGUACUCCCCUCUUGCUGUAUGUAUUAUGAACACAUUUUGGUCCGUUGUAUUUCUUUUUUUAAUCUUUGUGGGGGGGUUUUUUGUUUUUUUGUUUAUUAUUAUUUAACUUUAGACUUUUACAGGAUUGGAUGCAUACAUACAUUAGCAUCAGCAAUGCUAAAACAUGCUUGCAAAAUAUCAAUAAAAAAAUUACAUUCAA